AUGGAUCAGAACCAGCUGGACCAAGAGACUGGACUCCAAGCUGCUCCUGCUGAUCACUGCUAUGCUGGACCUGAAGAUGUGGCCUGUGAUGUCUGCACCGGGAGGAAACUGAGAGCCUCUCCAUUGAAGAAACACAAGCUUGUGGAGCCCUUCAAGAAGCUCCAGGAGAGCGUCUGCUCUCGUCAUGAUGAGGUGAUGAAGAUGUUCUGCCGUACUGAUCAGCAGUCUAUCUGUUAUCUCUGCUCUGUGGACGAACAUAAAGGACACGACACAGUCUCAGCUGCAGCAGAAAGGACUGAGAGGCAGAGAGAGCUUGAGGGGACUCGACUAAACAUCCAGCAGAGAAUCCAGGACAGUGAGAAAGAUGUGAAGCUGCUUCAACAGGAGGUGGAGGUUAUCAACGGCUCCGCUGAUAAAGCAGUGGAGCACAGUGAGGAGAUGUUCACUGAGCUGAUCCGUCUCAUGGAGAAAAGACGCUCUGAUGUGAAGCAGCAGGUCAGAUCCCAGCAGGAAACUGAAGUGAGUCGAGUCAAAGAGCUUCAGGAGAAGCUGGAGCAGGAGAUCACUGAGCUGAAGAGGAGAGACGCUGAGCUGCAGAAGCUGUUACACACAGAGGACCACAACCAGUUUCUACAGGACUACCCCUCACUGUCAGGACUCAGUGGAUCUACACACUCAUCCAGCAUCAAGAUCCGUCCUCUGAGGUACUUUGAGGAUGUGACAGCGGCUGUGUCAGGAGUCAGAGAUAAACUACAGGACGUUCUGAGAGAGGGAUGGACAAACAUCUCACAGACAGGGACUGAAGUGGAUGUUUUACUGUCACAACCAGAACCAGAGCCCAAGACCAGAGCUGAGUUCUUAAAAUACUCACGUGACAUCACACUGGAUCCAAACACAGUGAACACACGGCUGUUAUUAUCUGAUGGGAACAGAAAAGUAACAUUUACAUUCCAACCUCAGUCUUAUUCUAGUCACCCAGACAGAUUCACUGGUUGGUUUCAGGUCCUGAGUAGAGAGAGUCUGACUGGAAGUUGUUACUGGGAGGUGGAGCUCAGAGGAAUAGUUUUUGUAGCAGUUGCAUACAAGAAUGUCAGCAGAGCAGGGAGGUCAUGUGAAUGUUUGUUUGGACUCAAUGACAAAUCUUGGUCUUUAUAUUGUUUCAACAACAGUUAUUACUUUUUGUUCAACCAAGUGGAGACUCCUGUCUCAGGUCCUCAGUCCUCCAGAGUAGGAGUGUACCUGGAUCACAGAGCAGGUAUUCUGUCCUUCUACAGCAUCUCUGAAACCAUGACUCUCCUCCACAGAGUCCAGACCACAUUCACUCAGCCUCUACAUGCUGGACUCUGUGUUUAUUAUUCUGGAUCAGCUGAGUUGUGUCGGCUGGAAUAGACAGAAGUCAUUUCAGGGACAGUGGGUUCACUUCUGUGUUUGAAUUCUUCAACUUGAUUUUAUUCCUGUUUGUUGCUGAGAGCUGAUUGUUGUCAGCUGUCAAUCAAACUUGGUGGGCGGGACUUUGACAUCUUCUCCUUUGUUGUUGUAACUGUUAUUUACCAUGAAAUGGAUCAAAUACCAAUGAAUGAACAAUCCACCAAUAUCUAUAUCUAGGUUCAGGAGGAGGACGGGGAGCAAAGCUCCACCACAACUGUAUAUUGCUUAGCACUUUGUACGU